CAUGACUCUCUUAACCGAGGACCAGCCUUGCAGGUUCUCUGCACCGGACAGCCCGCUCACAUCCAUGGAGCACUACCCGGUGGACUCGGAACAGAAAGAGGACUAUUUGGACAGCAUGGAACCGGAUGUGUUUGGAGCAGUGGAGCCUCCGAAGCGCACAAGAGGAAGGCUUAUCAUGCACGGCAUGGUCAUGUUUGGAAGGGAAUUCUGCUACGCUGUUGAGGCUGCUUUUGUCACGCCGGUGUUGCUGAGCGUUGGACUCCCCAGGCGCCUGUACAGCCUGGUGUGGCUCAUCAGCCCUAUUUUGGGUUUUAUCCUACAGCCCGUCAUCGGCUCAGCAAGCGACUACUGUAGGUCCCCAUGGGGCCGCAGGCGACCGUACAUACUCUUACUGGGAAUUAUGAUGUUAGUGGGCCUGACUUUAUUUCUAAAUGGAGAUGCGGUCACGUCAGCUGUACUAGAGGAUAGAAAUGUUAAAAGGACAUGGGCCAUCGUGGUGGUCAUGUUUGGAGUGGUGAUGUUUGACUUUGCAGCGGACUUCAUCGACGGACCCAUUAAAGCCUAUUUGUUUGACGUGUGUUCUCAUCGGGAUAAAGAACGAGGUCUUCAUUAUCAUGCCUUACUCACAGGUCUAGGUGGAGCCUGUGGUUAUCUGAUUGGAGCCAUGGACUGGGGUCACUCUGCUCUUGGAUUUGCACUGGGUUCAGAGUACCAAGUUAUCUAUUUUUUCUCAUCUCUAACCUGGGGCAUUUUUCUCACCAUGCACCUUUUCAGCAUCCCAGAGAAACCAUUGAUUAAAGAUCACAGUUUGGACUCUUGUCCAACCACCUCACUGCUCCUGGAAGGCCCGCAUCAUAACGGCUACGGCGCAGUAUCCAAAGAACCUCCACCUUUACCUGAAAUGAGGCAGCGCUCGUUCUCUGCCCUGAGUGAAGCCAAUGCAGUCACGCCCAGUGCCAAGCAUCCUAACAGCGAGGUGCAGAAGAGGAUGACCCUGAAAUCUCUGCUGUCAGCUAUGAUCAGCAUGCCAAGCCAUUACCGCUGUCUAUGUGUGAGUCAUCUGUUGGGAUGGACUGCCUUCCUGUGCAACAUGCUGUUCUUCACUGACUUUAUGGGGCAGAUUGUAUAUAAGGGGAAUCCAUAUGCCGAACACAAUUCCACUUCAUAUGCGACAUAUGAGAGAGGGGUAGAAGUGGGCUGCUGGGGCUUGUGCAUCAACGCUGUCUCCUCUGCGCUCUAUUCAUAUGUGCAGAGGCUGCUCCUGCCAUAUAUUGGCCUGAAGGGACUGUACUUCCUAGGCUACUUUAUGUUUGGUCUAGGAACCGGUCUGAUCGGCUUAUUUCCAAACAUUGUGGCCACGCUGACGCUGUGUAGUGUGUUUGGAGUCAUGUCCAGCACUCUCUACACCAUCCCAUUCAACCUCAUCUCGGAGUACCACAAGGCGGAACAGGAGCGAAGAAAAUUGGGCAGUCAUGAACCAGCUCUUGAAGGUCGUGGUACUGGCAUGGACUGCGCAGCUCUUACCUGCAUGGUGCAGCUGGCUCAGGUCAUAGUGGGAGCUGGACUUGGAGCCCUGGUCAAUCUAGCAGGCAGUGUGAUUGUGGUGGUGCUCUCUGCCUCAACAGUAUCCCUAAUUGGCUGCCUUUUUAUUGCGCUCUUUAUGUGAUGUACAGAUUAAGCCUCAAAUAAAUAACCUUUCUCUAUCUCA